GGAUAAGAAUAUUUGAGAUUUUAUAACCUAGGGGACGGGACAGAGGACGAGAGAGAUCUUUUGUUCUUGCGGAGGAGCUGGCUAUGGCGGCAGUGGCGUCGUCCUCGGCCACUCUCGGCCUCGCCGCCAACAAAGAGGUUCUCGCCACAUCCGCGAGCAAUGCCGGCGCUUCUUCGUUCCUCGGCGCCAAAGUGCGCUGGAAUCCGACAAUUCAGGGUCUCCACGCUGCGAGGCAAAUCAGCGCUCCUUCCACGGGCAUCAGAGCUGUGGCUGCGCCGGUAGAGACAGCCCGGCCAAAGGAGGCGAAGAAGACGGCCAGGCAAUCCACGGUGAUAAUUACGGGGGCUUCUUCCGGGCUGGGCCUCGCCACCGCCAAGGUUCUAGCCGAGACUGGCGAGUGGCACGUCGUCAUGGCGUGCCGGGACUUUCUAAAGGCCGAGAAGGCCGCGCGCUCGGCCGGGAUUCCAAAGGGGAACUACACUGUCAUGCAUCUCGACCUCGCCUCGCUCGACAGUGUCAAGCAGUUUGUGGAGAGCUUCCGGCGCUCCGGAAGGCCGCUGGAUUGCCUGGUUUGCAAUGCGGCGGUCUACUUCCCGACUGCCAAGGAGCCGACUUACAGCGCCGAGGGAUUCGAGCUGAGCGUGGCGACGAAUCACUUGGGCCACUACCUGCUGUCCCGGAUGCUGCUGGAGGACAUGGAGAAGUCGGAUCAUGCCUCUCGACGGAUGAUCAUCGUCGGCUCCAUCACAGGGAACACCAACACGCUGGCUGGCAACGUUCCUCCAAAAGCCAACCUUGGAGACCUCCGGGGCCUCGCGGCUGGGCUAAACGGAGUCCAGUCCUCCCCCAUGAUCGACGGCGAAGGCUUCGACGGUGCCAAGGCGUACAAGGACAGCAAGGUGUGUAAUAUGCUCACAAUGCAAGAGCUCCAUCGCAGAUACCACGAAGACACUGGCAUCGUCUUCGCGUCGCUCUAUCCCGGCUGCAUUGCCACGACCGGGCUGUUUCGAGAGCACAUCUCGCUCUUCAGGCUCUUGUUCCCGCCGUUCCAGAAGUACAUCACCAAAGGGUUCGUGUCCGAGGAGGAAUCCGGCAAGAGAUUAGCUCAGGUUGUGAGAGAUCCGUGCCUUCAGAAGUCCGGAGUCUACUGGAGCUGGAACAACACCUCUCAAUCGUUCGAGAACACGCUGUCCGAGGAAGCCAGUGAUCCCGAGAAGGCCAAGAAGCUGUGGGAGAUCAGCGAGAAACUAGUUGGACUGAGCUAGCGAGAGAUGAGACACACACGAACAGUGCAAGGAAAAAUCACGCGCUAACUAUCUAGAGAAUAUUUUGCCGAAUGUUCCUGGUUUGAAAUAUUAGUGGUCAACUAGUCAACGAAAAAGUUUUUAUCCGCCAAUUA